AUGACAAGCGUAAAGCAGUGGAGGCAUCAAUCAAUAGAAGCCGAUGGAUCAAGUCAAAAAAGUAUGGAAAACAAAGAUUCUGAAAUUACUACAAGUGGAUAUGAUGAAGAAUCAGUCGAUGAUGAGGAUGCGAAGCAAUCAUUGUCUGUGUGUCGUGCCGAAAAAUCACUUGGCAUAUUAACUCAGCGAUUUGUUGAUUUGUUGCAACGGGCGCGAGGUGGCAUCGUCGAUUUGAAUGUUGCGGCUGAAGAACUACAAGUGCGACAGAAACGAAGGAUAUACGAUAUAACCAACGUGCUGGAAGGUAUUGGAUUAAUUGAAAAGAAGUCGAAAAAUAUCAUUAAUUGGAAAGGUGGGAAGCUGAGGAAGCACGGUUCAUUUCCGGACACUGAUCCUGAGGAACAAAAACGUAUUAUGAAACGGAAGGCUGAAUUAGAAGAACUGGAAAAAGAAGAACGUAUUCUCGAUACCCAUAUUAAAUGGAUGAAGCAGAGUUUGCGAAAUGUUAGUGAAUAUCAAAAAAACAUGAAGUUGGCAUAUUUGAUGGAAGAAGAUAUAAUGUCUGUUUUCGAACACAGCCGAGUUUUUGCGAUACAGGCUCCUCCUGGGACUUUCGUUGAAAUUGGUGCACCACCAAGGAUGCGUGACUUUGAUAUGCAAUACAAUUUACGACUGAAAAGCACAUUUGGCCCUGCGAACGCAAUAUUGUUGGGAGAAAUGAGCAGUACUCAAGGUCAAGGCGACUUAUUUACUAACAAAUCCCAGCCUAUACCAUACGUUGUGGAGGGUGAGGCGCCGGGGCAGUUUUUGGAGGAAGAUGAAGAUGAAAGUCUGCUGAAGAAGAGGCGGUUGGAUGAAGAAUUUAGCGACCAACCUGAUCCCGUAUUGCCUUUUAUUCCAUCUCAAGGGGAACGUCAAAAGUCAUCUCAAGGGUGUAGCUCUCUGCAAUCACAAACACAAGCCAGUCCUACGUUUAGUCAAGAAAUUCGAGAAGUAAUGAGAAAGCUAAGCCCGCCGCCGUCUGAACGUGAUUAUAUUUUUAGUUUGAGUCAGGGGGAAACACUACCUGACCUUUUUGAAGAUGAUCUCAUUUGA